ACAAUGAAUAUAUGGAAUUUAAACAUACAAUUUUUAUGGUGUCUUUUUCUAGGAUAUUACCUGUUUUUGGCGAGUGGGGAAGAAUCACCAGGCAGAGUGGCAUCCAUCAGAAUUAAAGCAGAAUAUCCACCAUCCAGUGAAAUAUGUUAUGUCCGCUUCUGGUAUUACAUGCACAAUGAUGACAGCACGGUUAACGUAGGCGCUCUACGUCUUUACCUUGAAGACUCUUCAGGACGGCGCAUAGUUCUCGUGUCUCGCAGUAGCAAUUAUGAAUCAUUGUGGCUGGAGGAAGUGGUAUUAGUGUCAUCUAGUAGUUCCUUCCACCUUGUAUUUGAGGGAGAGACUGGUUCUCCACACAUGACAUCAGUUGCUCUAGAUGAUGUGUCUCUCACACUGGAAUGUGCAACUGGUGUAGGUCCUCCACCUAUUAAUAAUACAUGUGUGCCCAGUCAGAAGCAGUGUACAACAGGAGAGUGUAUUCCUGUAGAGUUCUUCUGUGACUGUUAUACAGACUGUGUCGAUGGGUCGGAUGAGCAGGAUUGCUCUACAACUUGUUCUUCAACGAUUCCACGACCACCAUCGACUACAACUUUCUCGCCCACCACCAAGAUCACAACUACAAGAUCUCCUCUUUGUAGUACCACCCAGUUUCCAUGUGGUGAUAAUGGCCUCACAUGUAUACCCAGCAUGCUUCUUUGUGAUGGUGUGUCUGAUUGCCCCAAUGGUCAAGAUGAACUAAAAUGCCCAGAUAAAACUCCAUGUGACCAUGGUUUCAUAUACUGUGGAGACAAAUAUAUGGAAGAUCAUCCAUGUUUAGAGUCAGAUAAAGUGUGUGAUGGGAAGAUUGAUUGCAAUACUUAUAAUGCUGAUGAAUCUCUCUGUGAUCAGUGUCCAUCUUAUUAUUGCCUAAACCACGGCACAUGCACUGUGCAAACUAAAAUGGCACCGGUGUGCAGCUGCCGCAACUAUGAAGGUGAGCGGUGUGAAAUUAAGAUUCACAAAGGACUUAGUGGUGGUGGUAUUGCAGGGAUUGUUAUAGGCUGUUUGGCCUUUAUAGUCCUUGUUGCUGUCAUUGCUUUCUACACCACCAAAAAGAAAAUGUAUCCACGAGGAAGCAUCAGUGAAACCUCUCCCAAGAAAGAUGAAACAGAUGGUGAAUUUCACUUUGUUCAGCCAAGCACCAGUCAUUCUGGUGAAAGUUACCUGCUAGAGGACCUUGAUUCUCAAGACUAUCCACAUAACAAAGGCAAAGAAACUGAGGCAUAAAUUAUGUACUAUAUAUGAUUCAAACUGCCUUAGCUGGUGCAAGAAGUUUCCUUAGACAUACUUUGAACCUCUGUGAUAUAAAUUUGUAACUAUAGAAUUAGCAGUAAAACUAAAGAUGAAGAUACAAGUACUAUCCGACUUACGAUCUGCUCAACAUAUGAUCACUUGUGCUUACAACUGUACGUCUGGCAGCAAGGUUGGGUGGGCUGAUGCAUACCGCCGUACGACAGCUGACCACUACUCGUGGCAACACUCCAUCUUGGGAGAGCUCUCACAUCACUCAGGCAGCAUCACAUUGAGUUACCCUGCCCUAUCAGCAGCAUCAUACUGUAUUAACUGUACUGUACUGUAUACUAUAUGUACCCGGACAGUAAAUUUCACCAUGGCCCCUAAGAGGAAGUCUGAAUCUUGCACUGGAGCAUGUGGCAAAAAGUACAUGUAGGUACUUUGUAUAGCAAAGGUUUGACAUUAUGCCUUACCCAGUAUGUCAGCAAUUUUCUAAGAUUCGUCGAGUCACAGCUCCUGGCCCUGCAUGUGUGUGUGACCCAACAAUUAAUAAUUGCAGCAAUAACUCAUUAUAGUUGUGACUGGGUGUGGAUGUGUGCAUUGCUCAUUACCCUAUAAUUUGUUCAUAAUUGUAGCCAUGUAUAAACAUAAGUAAGUAAAUUUACUUAUAUGAUUCAUUACCUUUGUAACUUGUGAGUUCAUUACCUUUGCACCUUGUUCAGCUAUCAAAACUUUGGGGCCCAGUUCCUGGACCCAUUAUGUACCUCUGUAAUCUGUAAAUACCUUUGAAACUUGUCAUGAUUGUGACCAGAUCUACCUGGAGUUUAUUACCUUUGUAACUUGCUCAGCUAUCAAAACUUUGGAGCCCAGUCCCUGGGCCCAUUAUGUACCUCUGUAAUCUGUAAAUACCUUUGUAACUUGUCAUGAUUGUGACCAGAUCUACCUGGAGUUCAUUACCUUUGUAACUUGCUCAGCUAUCAGAACUUUGGGGCCAAGUCCAUUAUGUACCUCUGUAAUCUUUUGACUACCACCCACAGGAUGGGUAUGGGGCUCAUAAUAAACAUAUUAAACUAACAACUUGCAUCCAUUUUGACUUACAACUGGUUGGUUGGGACCAAUCUCGAUCGUAAGUUGGAUGGUACUUGUAUAUACCUCCAUGGAGAAGUGGAAAAGAAUCCUUCCUUCAUAAGCUAUGCAUAUUGUAAGAGGCGAUUAAAAUGGUGGGAGCAGGAGGCUAGUAACCCCUUCUCCUGUAUAACUUACUAAAUGUAAGAAGAAAACCUUUACGUUUCUUCUUUUUUCGCCCACCCUCCAUCAGUGUUAGAUGGCUACUGUUAAAAUGUAUAUAAUACAGUACAAAAAAUGCAAAGUAUUUGUAGUCAUCAUUAAUAUAUUAUGUAGUGUUUGUUGUCUUAGUAAAUUUAGUCAUCUACCUAUACUAUUCAUGUACAGUAUUAAGUAUGAAUAUUUAAUUAAAAUUUUCUAAAGGUUUAUUUGUGUUGAGCAUUAUAGAAAAGCAAAUGUACAAUUGCAUUGUAGUUGUAUAGUUUUCUUUUGUAUAUAAAGUUUUAAUAAUGAUUCUCCAUAAUUUGUUUUUAGCUUUUUAUAUGACAAUAAAAAUAGAAGACUAGACAUACAGUAUCUACAUUUCACUAGCUGUAUAUAAUGUAUGCACAUGCACAUUGUUACACUCCUUACACUGUUACACUCUUUUGUACAAACAUGUAUUAUGCUGAAAUAAAUUGUUAUUGUUGUUA